UUUAUGUGGCCUGAUCCUUGCAUCAAAUACGGUAACAAUGCGUAACAAUAUAAUUGCUAGCGAGAGGUGCACGUGUACACGAAUCCUCACAGAAUCAUUAAAUCAAAUCUACUACUAAUCAUGUGUAAAAUAUCGAGUAUGUGUGAGAGGCGAAGUGAUUUACUCCAUUGGGUUUACUUUAUAAGAGCACACUAGCUACAUCCCAUUCCCCUGAUCAUCGUUGUCGUUGACUGUCAUGACAUAAUCACAAAUUUGCAAGCAAUGAUUCAAUGUUAACCAAUUCUUGGAGUAAUCUUUUACCCCAUUCCCAACAAUUCGAUGUUCGCAUCGGUGCGGUGCAGUGUUAUUAUUUUACACCUCAUUCAACUGAUAAACAGUAACGGAAUCAAUGAUACAUUACGUGGAAAAUAGCAAAGGCGUUGUUAACGGAAUAUUUGUUUAAAUUAAACUGGUAAUUGCAUUUGGGGGGUGAACGUUUCACCUCAAAUGAUUAUAUGUGUAACUGUUUACCGUACAUUAAACAUACCACCAAAGCAUAAAUAUUGUAUAUCAAACACAAAUCGUUCAACCGAUAAAUCGAUAACGGUUGUGUCUAUCCAUGUAACGUGAACAUACACGUUGAAUAAAGUGCAAUAAACAUGUGUGUAUACAGAAGUGCAUGCAUAUUUAACGCAUAAUUUUACGUAAGUUUAUAGCACUGGAUCACCCCGAUAUAAACUUAAAAAGCUCAUUCUGGCGCCGAAAGAAAUAUGGAUAGAAGAAGGAAAAAUGGAAAAUGGCUUGAGUAUUACGGAGUCAUUUAUAGUUUUGUCAGGACCGAACAAUGUUCUCAACUCAUCCACUGGACUAUACCAACAGUCCGUUACCUUGACGGCUCGAAUGUGGCCACCGAUUGAAGCUGGUUCUCCAAAAAUCAUUUGGGGUCUACCAGUGGUUAUUUGGAGUAUAAUUAUUGGAUUUAUCGUAGUCGUAUUUAUUCUGGCUUCAUUGUUAUUGUGCUGUUGGCUGCUGCCAAGACAUAGGAAAAUAUUGAGUCCAACAAGAGAUUGUACGUCGACAACAGUUAAUAUUGGAAAAGAGAUAACAAUGGCACACAAUCAUCAUUCUGCGCCUGCUGAACAAAAUUAUAUAAUAAUGCCGACAAAUGCUGGUACAAUACCGUCUCAGUACAAUACACCGCAUCAAAUAAAUCAAUAUCCAUCGCAUUCUUUAUAUGCGAUGUGUUCCAGCGGCCAUGGUUCGACUCAAAACAUUCCAGAGACUCAUAAAUCAAUGUGGGCUAUCAAUCCUCUGUGUACUUCAAACGGAGUAUUGAAUGAAACCGACAGUGCAUAUCGAACAAGAUCGUUACCAGCUUGGGGAAAAGGUUCGAAACAACGACCGGUUUCGACAGCUGACGAUAUCGAAGAACUCUAUGCGAAGGUCAACUUCAGCAAGAAACGAAAAAAUCGCAUGAGAAAUGGGGAAGCUGCAAUUAUUGCCUUAUGUCGUUCACGAUCGCAAAACCUACAAGGUUUGCCAUUGGAACGUGAAGGGAUUGUCAUCUACGAUGAAAGAACGGCUCUAUAAGAGUGUAAUACGCAUUUCAGUGAAAGAUGAAAGACAUUGGAAAUUAUCGAAUUUGUUUAGACGGAAAACUGAUGGUCCCACCUCACCAGUUGCAUCAAUCAGUUUAUAAUUUUGAAUUUAGAUUAAGUAGAAAAAUAUUUUUUAACAUCAAAAAUCCAAUUUAUAUUAUAACCCUGUGAUCACUUGAAGAUGAUAAGAGCUUAGAUGUCUUGUAAUCGAUAAAAAAUGCGGUAAAUUUAAGAUUGUGUAAAGUCAGUUACAAAAUAUAAUUAAAAGCGAAAUGUAGCUGCCAAAGAAAUCAAUUAAUCUGUUCAUAUUUCAUUAUAACGAACUUAUUUAUAACAUACAUUUAUCAUGUUCAUCAAGUUAUUCAAUAAGCUAUUGUCGUAGUUUGUAUAUGAAUUUUUACUCGAACAAUUCACCAAGUAUUACAAAACGAAUAUUAUAUGACGUUUUUAUGCAAA